AUGGAAAUGACUUCCGAGCUCGAAUCGCUUCUUUGCAAGCAAGAGGGCGCCUCAAUAGCGCCCGCCCACAUGGAUCUUUUUGAUGGUGGGACCUCGUCGCGUGACGAUGCCUUCCUCCGCCCCGCACUUUGGGAGGACAUCGCGUCUUCCAUCAGGAACAUUGACCCUGAGAAUGCGAACAUGCUCGCGCCUCUGGGCGCCACCCACGUCAAGCUGGAGACUGACGAAUUGCUGGAAGAGUGCGCUACACCACUACUUAGUCCUUUGGAAAUCAAGACGGAGAGACUCGGUGCUCCACCCACGUACGCCCAUCCUCAGCCAGCCCAGCAUCACCCGCAACAGCCGGCCUACUCCAAAUACCCACCUUCGAGGCUGGUGUACAUGUCUCCGUUGACACCACCUGGUUCGGACCAGGGCAGUCCGGGAAACUCUAUGCAGUGUGGCCCUAGAAGAACGCCACCGCCGCCGUAUCAUCCACCGCCGAUGCUACGACCGCCAUUGGGACCUCAACAUCAGACACAUUCUCAACACCACCCUCCGCCUAUGCCGCAAAUGCAAAUGGCUCCACAGCCGCCUGUGCCCCCACCGAUGGGACACGGCCCCAUGCCCCACUCAAGACUUGCCCCACCGUCGCAUUCUUUGAAAUACAAUAGACGGAACAAUCCUGAGCUGGAAAAGAGACGGGUUCAUCAUUGUGACUUCCUAGGCUGCACAAAAGUUUACACAAAAAGCUCACACCUCAAAGCCCAUCAAAGGAUUCACACAGGAGAAAAGCCCUAUACCUGCCAGUGGCCUGAAUGUGAAUGGAGGUUCGCACGUUCCGACGAGCUGACGCGUCACUAUCGCAAGCAUACAGGUGCAAAGCCAUUCAAAUGUACGCCCCCGGCGCCUCAAAUCUCUCAGGAGGAAUGUAGUGAAAAUAUUUUUCUGGAAUGUGACCUAGACUCAAGCUUGAUGGACACGUUCUACAGCGUGCUGUGA